AUGCGACUCCUUCCUCUAGCUGGUUAUCUAGGCCUCAGUCACGCUGUCUCCCAGCAGGUGCUGCAGCCUUUACAGCCCAAAAGUGCCGACGAGUUCCGCGUAUUCCAAAGUCCAUCGUCCGAUCACUCCAUUCGUAUUAAGCAGCAGAAUGAAACUCUCUGCGAGGCUGGCUCAGCACAGUACACGGGCUGGCUUGAUAUUGGACCGACUCAUUUAUUCUUUUGGUACUUUGAAAGCCAAAACGACCCCGGUAAUGAUCCACUAACUCUAUGGAUGAAUGGUGGUCCCGGAGGAUCCAGUAUGAUUGGUCUCUUUGAAGAGGUUGGCCCUUGUCUCGUCAAUGAGCACUCGAAUGGCACCAACUAUAACCCGUAUGGUUGGUCCCGAAACACAUCUUUGCUGUUUGUCGACCAACCUGUCGGUGUUGGGUUUUCCUAUUUUGACGAAGGCUAUGAUUUGCCGGUCGACUCGGCGGGGGCUGCUGUAGAUAUGCAAAGGUUCCUGCAGCUCUUUAUCUCGGAGGUGUUUCCACAUCACCUCAAUAGCUCAUUCCAUCUUUCUGGCGAAUCAUUUGCUGGAAAAUAUAUCCCAGCCCUGGGCUCCCAGAUAGUGAGACAAAACAAGCUCUAUCCUAAUGAGCCCCAGAUAAAACUUAAAUCAUGCCUAGUAGGUAAUGGAUAUAUGUCGCCAAAGGACACCAACUUUGGAUACUGGGAAACUUUGUGUACCACCAACCCAGGUGUUGAAGAGCCAGUGUUCAAUAAGACCAGAUGUGACAUUAUGGCUGCUAACAUGCCUCGAUGCAUGACCGUCAUGGAUAUCUGUGUUAAUAAUCCUGAUCCAGCAGUGUGCAAUGCAGCCAACAAGGUUUGCUACAAGGACGUCAUUGGCUGGUAUGAUGACGAAGCAGGAGUCUCUGGUGGCCGGAAUAGAUUUGAUAUCACGGCCCCUUGUGAAGUGGAAGGUGCUUGCUACAUCGAAGCAAUUCGCUUAACAGAAUACCUGAACUCGCCCGUCGUCUGGGGUGCUCUUUCUGUUCCAAGCCAAGCCAACAAAUUUAACUGGUUUUCGGCAGAAGUCUCAGCGGCGUUUGAAACUUCCUCGGAUGAAGAAAGCUCAGCAUCGGACCAGGUUGCCUAUCUACUUGAGAAUCAAGUCCAUUAUCUAGCUUACCAAGGUAACCUUGAUCUCGCCUGCAAUACAGCAGGAAACAUUCGCUGGGCCAACUCGCUUGUCUGGAAGGGGCAGCCUGAGUUCUCUUCCAAGUUUUUACAGCCGUGGAAAUCAGUUGUUGCUGCUACUGGUCAGAGCGAGGUUGUUGGAACGAUGAAAGAGGUUCGGGUUAGGACUAGCGAGACCGCGGAAAUCGAAUCUCGGUUUGCUAUUGUCACUGUGAAUGGUGCUGGGCACUUUUUACCACAAUUCCGCCCUGAUGUUGCUCUUGAUUUGAUGACUCGAUGGAUCUAUGAGGCAGACUUUGUUUAA